AACAAAAAUAACCAGAAAUCAUAAGCACACUAAAUACUUUAAGUUCCUCGAUCUCGGAAGAUCUCAACAAACGUAUCUAUGUCCUUUAGCUCCUUAUAGUUGCUCUUACCCUAAUCCAUAUCCAGGCUUUGUUCAAUGUUUCCUUUCCCUCAUGAUCAUCAAAGCGAAUAUUUGGGAUUCGAAGUAUCUUCGACUCCCCAACAAGAAGAUUUUAUGCAACAAGAUCUGAUCAUGAUGCCGGAUAGUCUUGACGUUUUGCCAUCUCAUGAUCUGCAGGGAUUCAGUUUAUCCAAUAUUAAUAUUAGUGAAGCAAAUGUUAAUAAUAAGGAUACUGAUGCGCACGAGAGGAAGAUCAUGCGUAGGGACAAUGAGCGCCAACGGAGACAACUUAUGGCGAUUCGUACUGCAUCACUUCGAUCCCUCCUCCCUCUUGAAUCCAUCAAGGGAAAACGUUCACUCUCGGAGCACAUCAACGAAGCAGUGAAUUAUAUAAAGCAACUGAAGGAGAAGAUACAGGAGCUGAAUGCCAAGAGGGAAGAGCUUAGAAGGGUGCAUCAACAAUAUUACAGUAGUUCUGCUCAUGAUUUCAGUCCUGAAAUUACUGGAAAUUUGGGUACUAAGAGUACUUCCAAUAUCAUGGUUGGCCCAACAUGUUGGGGUGGAGUGGAGAUUGUGGUAAGUACUAGUAGUACAAAUUGCAGUGAGCUAGAAGGGUUUGCUCUUUCAGGAGUACUGAAAGCAUUGCUUGCGGAGGGCCUUACCAUUGUGGAGUGUGCUUCCACCACAGUAAAUCAGAGGUUGUUUCACACUAUUCAGUGUGAGGUAUGGCUGCUGAAUCCUUUAAAAUUUGAUUACUCCCUCGAUCUUACUACGGCUAAAACCAUGGAUUCAACAAAUUAGUUCAUAGUGUUUGUUAUUCAAAUUCGCAUGCAGGUGGAAGAUUUGGCUUGUCAGAAUUUGCCUGAGCUGCAACUGAAACUGAAUUAUUUAUGCAAUUCUGGCUAGUCAGCAUGACAUUCUAGUUGGGAGAUAGGUAUUCCCUUCACUACGUUGAUUGAACAACUUUGAUCAGAACGGAGCCUAGCUAGAUAACUU